AUGGAAAUAGAGGUGCCGGUACGCGAGCCACGCUCGUUUUCUCAAAUCAAGCGUAACCAUAUGCACGCGCUGCGGAUGGAUACGGUCCUGUUCUCGAUCUAUUACCCCUGCGACCCUUCGUCGUCCACGCAGAGCAGGGAGGGGAAACCGUCCAAAGCCACGUGGCUACCGAGACCGCGUACCUUGACGAGCAAAGGCUAUGCGAAGUUCUUUAGUAUACCGCAUUUACCUGUUACGGUUUAUAUUGCCGCCACGACCAUGUUCACUAAGCUGCCGGCUUUCCGCAAUGCCAAGCUUGCCGGUGACCACGCCGGCGACUGCCCCGGUGCUGCACCCCGCCCACCCUCUGGCGCCUACAGUGAGAACACAUUAGCGGAAAGUGGGGAUAAACCAAGAUUCCCAGUUAUCUUCUUCAGCCAUGGAUUAGGGGGCUCCCGUAUGUGUUAUAGUGCAAUAUGCGGAGAGCUCGCUAGUAAUGGGAUUGUUGUCGUUGCAGUAGAGCAUCGUGAUGGUAGUGGUGCGCGUUCUUAUGUCAAUAUUCCGCCAAGCGGUAAGCUAGCAGAAUGUCCAUCAAUCGGCGACGCGAAUCCGAGACGUUUCUACAAGGCCGAUUACAUUUUUCCUCUGGACAAUGCCCAGGAUACUUCACCUCACAACGCCCAAGGAGUGGAUACCGAACUCAGACACGCACAGAUCGAAAUGCGUAUGUCUGAGUUUGAAGAGGUGUACUAUGCUCUUCAGCUUCUCAACAAUGGCCACGCGGAUUUGAUUUAUAAGAACAACUUGAGGAAGAAAGGAAACGCAAGGUCUAGCUCCAGAGGCCUAGAUGGCAUUGACUGGUCUGAUUGGGAUGACAGGCUUCUACUGCGGAACGUUACGGUGAUGGGCCAUUCUUUCGGUGGAGCGAUGGCGGUCGAGAUCAUUCGCCACAACGACCGUUUUCCAUAUAUUGGUCAAGGUAUUCUUCUUGAUGCGUGGGGACGGGCCACACCAAAAGUAGGAAAAACGAGAGACGGAGGGGCUCAUUACUGGAUGCUCACCAUUAAAGGGUCAACCCACCUUUCACAAUUUGAUUUCGCCAUAUUAUAUCCUCAUUGGAUGUCUUUCUUUAUGAAAACCAUGGUAAAUCCCAAAAGGGCAGUGGGCCUGACUGUAAAUUCUUCCUUGGAAUUCUUAACCCGAGUUCUCCCUCUUGAACUCACAGCUGGAAAUAGCUGGAUCGAUGAGGGGAUUCUACGAACAAAAGUUCUUGUCGCAGACGAGCUGCCACAUGAACAUCGACCCGAUAGCAAGUGGAUGGCUUCUCGCCUUAGGAUACCUAACGAGUUGAGGACCCGUACAAGUAAUUGGUUUCGGCGAAAAGCUAAAGCAUCAGCUGUCGCUACUGAUAUAAAAGGCAAACCAUUGAUAGGUUUAGUCAACUUCCCACUGGGAAGCGAGGUUUGGAUGCAUUUCAGUCCGGACGGUGAGCAGCGGCAAGAUCCGAUUCGGUUGAGCGAAGAAGUUACCUAA